CGGGAGAGGCCUCGGUGGCGCGCUGGAGACUAUGAGUCGUUGCAUUCGGCGGGCUGCUUCCCGGAAGCGGAAGCCCGAGGGGCGGGCCGAGGGGAGCUGGGAGUACACGGCGGUUAAUUCCUUUUACAGUGCGGUUCGGCUUCCCUCGGUCUGGGCUUCUCUGAGGCUGCGGGAGAUGGUCAGGUCCGGAUCUCGACCGGGCCAGGUGUUAUCUUCAGGAAAGCACACUGGACCUACUAAAUUAAUAAAUGGAAAGAAAGGGACCCAUUUAAGAAAGAUGUCACGUUGUAAUGCAGAUUCUGGCUAUCCCAUCCAUUCUGAUUCAGAAAGUCAGACUGAAACUAUACAGGGGCUUGAUGGUUGUGCUUCUUUGCUGCGGGACAUUUUGAGAAACGAAGAUUCAGGCUCAGAAAUAGCACAUUCACAAAAUAGAUAUAAUCCCAGACCUUUGGAAGGCAAAAGAUACGGUUCUAAGAAGAAAGGACAUGAAAAACAUACUGUUCCUUCAGUACGGAAAGAAUUUUUAUCUUCAAAUUAUAAGAAACAGAUACCUAAUGAAGCUUCUGCUGGAAGUGAAAGAGACUCAUCAGAUAAGCCACAAAAUUGGUCAUUCCAAGAUCAUUAUAGAAUGUAUUCACCCAUAAUAUAUCAAGCCCUCUGCGAGCAUGUGCAGACUCAAAUGUCAUUGAUGAAUAACUUGGCUUCAAAGAACAACCCUAAUGGAAUUCCUGCUGUGCCUUGCCACACUGUGUCUGGUUCUGAAUCUCUCUUAGAAUCUCAGGUAACUCCACAUUCUAGUUAUGGCUUAUCUACUUCCACCCCAGUCCAGUUACCUCAGCAGCCACCCUGCCCUGCAAUGGCUCAUUCUGAAGUUCAGACUGACGAUGACAACCAGUUAUCAUCACAGCAUACAACAGUUUCGGGGAACUGUACUGAUGUUCUGAGGAAUUCCUUCAGUACUAGGCUUGGAGUUCCACGUAGCCUGCCCCAAACUGACAACCCAGCUGUUCCAUCAUUUCAGCCUUUGGGUGUUGCUAAUGGGAUUCUGCCACAGCAAGUUCCUAAGGAACCAGACCUACUAAAGUGUUUCCAAACAUAUAUGAAUCUGUUGCAUUCUCAUCUGGACAGUCAGGCACACCCAAGCCCCACUCUAUUACAGCCAGCUUUCUUGGCCACUAAUGAAGCAAAAUGUGCCAAAGAACAUACUGGAGAAGUCACAAGUGAAGAAAAGGAUUUAAACAUACAUGUGCGAGAUUCAAGAAUAAAGGAUGUCCAGAAGGAAAAAAAUGCAAACCAGAGUGCUGAAAAAGUUAGAUUUAUAAAGUAUUUGUUGGGAGAGCUGAGGGCCCUGCUAGCAGAACAAGAGGAUUCGGAAGUUCAGAGAUUGAUGACAGAAUUGGAGGCAUGUAUAUCUCUGCUUCCAGCAAUAAGUGGAAACACAAAUAUUCAAGUUGAAAUAGCACUGGCCAUGCAACCACUAAGAAGUGAAAAUGCUCAGUUACGCAGGCAGUUGAGAAUUUUGAACCAGCAACUUAGAGAACAAGAAAAAACUCGAAAGGCAUCUGGUUCAUGGGAACGUAACCUUGAAUUGUUUUCUCUUCAAUCAUUGAAUAAGUCACUGCAGAAUCAAUUACAGGAGUCAUUGAAGAGCCAGGAAUUACUACAGAGUAAAAAUGAAGAGCUUUUAAAAGUGAUUGAAAAUCAGAAAGAUGAAAACAAAAAAUUUGCUGAUAUAUUUAAAGAGAAAGAUCAAACUAUACUUGAUAAUAAACAGCAAUUUGACAUUGAGACAACUAGAAUAAAAAUUGAAUUGGAGGAAGCCUUAGUCAAUGUGAAAAGCUCCCAGUUUAAGUUAGAAGCUGCUGAAAAGGAAAAUCAGAUAUUGGGAAUAACGUUACGUCAGCGUGAUGCCGAGGUGACUCGACUGAGAGAUUUAACCAGAACUUUACAGAGCAGUAUGGCAAAGCUUCUGUCAGAUCUUAGUAUGGACACUGCUCGCUGCAAGCCUGGGAAUAAUCUGACCAAAUCACUUCUGAACAUUUAUGAAAAACAGCCUCAGCAUGACCCAAUCCCAGCUCACACUUCCAUAAUGAGCUACCUAAAUAAGUUAGAAGCAGAUCCCUCUUUUACACAUUCACAGCCGCUUUCUACAAUGAAGAGUGAGGAGAAUACAGUGCCAGAUAGUCCCUACGAAAACGUUCUGCCUUCCAAAGGCGCUCCGCACAGUGACCCUGGGAGCGGAGAGGAAGUACCUGCCCCUGGAAUCUUGUCUACCCUUUCCAAACAGGAUUCUGGUGAGGAGAGCGAAAUGACGACUUUAAUAGAAGAUGAGUGUAAUCUGGAUAAUACAAUUUACAUUCCAUUUGCUAGAAGCACUUCCGAAAAGAAGGCAGCACUGUCUAAGAGGUUAUCCCCCCAGCCACAGGUCAGCGUAGCUCCGCCAAAGCUGAUCAGCAACAGUGGACUUGUCUCUGAAAAAGAAAAGAAAUUGUGUGCACCCGGAGUUUGUUCUUCUUCUGGAGAGGAAGCAGAAGAUGCACCUGAGAAACUUGCCAGAACAACUGACAUAGAGGACAAGCAGCUCCUCAAAAAAAUAAAGGAAGCCAUCUGCAAGAUCCCCGCGGCCACGGAGGAGCCACAGGAACCGGCCGUGCAUCACGGCCCCUCCACUUGUCAGAGCAGCCGCUUCGAAGCGAAAAGCAGUGCUGUCUCCGACAGUAGCUUUUUACAUUCGGACCUGACAUCUGACUGGAGUAUCUCUUCUUUCUCAACAUUCACGUCUCGUGAUGAGCAAGACUUCCGAAAUGGCCUCGCAGCGCUGGAUGCCAACAUCGCUAGACUCCAGGAGUCCUUGAGGGCUGGUCUUAUGGAGAAGUGAACUCAGAAGAAAGUGGAUCAAGAGCUUCUUUUGAAGAAUAGAACUUGGUUACUUUGAAUGUAUAUUUUAAAUUUCUUUAGAGAAGUGAUGUUUUAUAUUAAUUAUGUGUGAAAAAAUGAAUAAUAAAUUUAUUAUUGGGAUAUAUUGACACCGGAACUUAUAAAAGAAGUCAUCUUACACUAACAUUUGCUGAAAGAAGAAAGUCGUGGAUAACUAGGAAAGUAUUAUGUAUAAUAUUUUAUUUUAGUACUUAGCAGUCAGAGUUUUUUUAUUACACUGUUGGGCAGAGGGUGCACGUUGGAAGGAUUGUCUGGUUUUCCUAAAGGGAAGGGAGUCUCUGGGUAAAAUAUAUUCAAACCUAGAGUUUAUGGAUUCCUUUUUGGUUUUUUAACGGCAUUGUGUUUUUAUAUGGAUGUUCUGUGCUACAGGCUAGUAUUUUUAGUGAGAUGUAUAAAUAUUUAAGACAGACAGUAUUCCACCUCUUAAGAAAUAUUGAUUGGUCUAAUAAAAUAUAGGUAACAUACCAAGUUAGCAUACGGUUUUUUAAAACUUUAGCACUUUUAUUUAUUUUUAUCAUCAUUGCAUGUUUAAGGCCUUUAAAAAAUAAAAUCAGACUCAUAAAAGAAUUGCUAACAGGUAAGUUUCAGUUUGAGCACUUUGGUUAUUUUAAUAAAAAAGUAAUGUUUAUUUGUGUUUUAUCCUUACUACUUGUGUAUUUGAACGUGAUGGAGUUUGUAAAUCUUGCACUGGUUUUAAUUCUGCCUUUCUGGACCAAUUAUUUUUUCAGCACUUGAGCUGAGAAUUCUCUCUAAAUGAUAUGAACCAGGUUGGACUCUGCUGCUCUAUACUAACACCACUUAACUACUCAGUGUCUCUUCUCUCCAUGUAAGUAGCACAUUGUAACUCUGAGGAAGUUGGGUGUUGUGUUAUCACUAAUACUCCAUACAAAUCACCUACCUGACGUCAUGUGUUUAGUGCUUGGGCAAGCUUUAGCAUUAAAGAGGGUUCUGCUGGUCCCAGAAGCUCUUCCUGCAGUUUUGUUAAGUAUUGGUGCUGCAGCUUCUGAGGUAACCAGGUAUAGCCUCUUUGACAUGUCCACAUUUUAUAAAUAGAGAUUUCUUAAGUCUGAAAAUAUUAGGUGAAUUCUAGGCUAUUUUCACAGAAUUGUCCAUUAAUACUUUUAAUUUUUCUUACUUCCAGUAAUUAAUUUUCUUCAUGAAUUGAUUCAUAAAUUAAUUCAUUUAGUGGUUGCCCAACCACUAAACACAUGACGUCAGGUAGGGGAUUUGUAUGGAGUAUUAGUGAUAACACAAGCUAACAGGCCACAACUCUUUAACAUAUUAAGUUCACAAGUAAAAGAUAAUAAAGCAAGGAAGAAAAUUGUGUGAUCUGUAUAUUCCCAAAUAUUCAAUUGUUAUUCAUAUGCAGAAGUAAAUUCUUAAGAUUAUUAUAUGAUGAUACAAGAUCGUCCUAUUUUACCCUUACUAUAGGAUGAGCAUUCUUAUGUGCAAAGAAAAUUUUAAACUGCUUAUGAGUUCAUUUAAUUAGGGGUUAAUAAUUUGAUUUAAAAAAAAAUGAGACUGGAAAAUCCUUGAGGGACUAUUUAUUUGAUAUAAGACAUAUACAUGGCAUAGAAACAUGAAAAAAUUCAGUUAAAUUUCAAGGUGGAAUAUGACCCUAAGAAAAUGGAUGGAAGAGACACUGUAUUUUAUAGAAAUUUAGAGAAGAAGGAAGGCAAAAAAAAAAAAAAAAAAAGUGGUCGGAGAAAACCUAGAAGAGAUUUCAUUUGGAUCUUAAAUAGUGUAUAGGAUUUGGACAAUCCUGUGAAUAUCUUCAAAAUGUUUACCCCACAGAAAUUCAGUAUCACAAAAUGUGGGGGUUGUUUGGGUAGUAUAUUAAGAGGAUGGUAGAUAAUAACAUCAACCGGACUAAACCAGAAGGGUCAAGAUCAUAUUAUAAUGGUAAUAAUAGAUGUUGAUAACACAGUUAGAAGUCUGGGGUUCAGAUUGUAGCUCCCGGCUGAGGAAUAAUCAUUAAACAUGAAGUCAUUGGGUGUUUGGGUAUCUUUGGUGGUGGUGCUUUUUUUUUUUCAAUUGAGGAUCACCAGAUGAAAUUGGGUGUUCUUAGAAUUGCAGAGAGUGAUGGUAAAUCAGGAUUAGAGGAGGGAGCGAUUGGAGACCACUUAGAAAGCUGUUGCAGUAGUCCACCCAUAAACCGACAAGCCUUUGGCAAUAAAAGUGAAAAGGAGAGACAAACUGAAAAACUGUUCAAUAGGCGUGGUGGUGACUUAAUAGAAAGUGGAAGAGAAGGGGAAUUCAAAGAUGACUCCAAGAUUUCCAAUUUGAUCAGUUUGAGUCACACUGAGCAAAUAAAACAUCAAGGUCUGGGUUAAGUCCCAAGUUAACAAAUCCCACGUUGAGCCUUGAUACAGAACUGUAAGUGAAGAGUUGGAUAAAAAGGAGAGAGAGAGAAAAGGUGCCCGUUCUCAGGAGUCCUCUAGAUGUGCACACCAGGAGUGAGUACAACUGCCCAUCAUAGUCUCACACAGUCAGUCUGGCCCAAAUCCCAGCCGUCUCACAAACGCUUUAUAGAUGUCCCAGAGUGUGUGAGACAUAUUAGUGGAGUGUCCCCUAACCUGUGCCAGGGCGAAUUCAGUAUCUCCUGAUAGAUACUGGGUGUAGAGGGGGAAAGAACCAUCCUCCAGCCUUUUGUCACUAGUCUGCUGUCCUUACUUGGAUCUUUGGUGGUAAUGUACAAACUGUUAAUGGAUUUAGCAUUUGUGUACCAUUGAAGAUGAAAGAAUCUGAUUCUAUUUGACCAAAUGUAGAGAUCCUAGGGGCAGAGCAAAAAAAGCCAAAGUACUUGGCCACCACCCUGGAGUUAGUAAAUCUUUCAAAAAUCUUUACUUUUCACUAAAGGUGGAAUUUCUGUCAAGUGCCUUCCAGGUUACAAAGGCCUGCUUAAACUACAUGGGAAGUAGGGCAUGAUUGCAUAGCCUAGUUAGAAAGGGCAUACAGCCAAAUCACAUCUUACCAGGUACGUAUCUAUUGCUCAUGUGGGCUAACCCCUUCCGCUACAGAUUCAUUCAUUCAUUCAAUGAAUGAAAUCAAUGAAAGCUCUAAUAUGGGCCAUGUCUUAAUCUGAGCUCAGAGAAUACAACAAAACGAGAUAUUCUCUGUCCUCAAGGAGUUUACAUUACAAUGGGACACAAGCAAAGGAACAUACAGUGAUACCAUGUUUCUCCGAAAAUGAGACGUAGCCGGACAAUCAGCUCUAAUGUGUCUUUUGGAGCAAAAAUUAAUGUAAGACCCGGUCUUAUUUUACUAUAACAAUAAGACCGGGUCUUUAU